UGGUUGACAUUCAAUGGAACGCUAGGUAUAUAUAAGAGCACAUAUAACUUCCGCUUUAGUGAAGUAAACAUGGCUUCUACUACUGUAGCUGUCAUCUGCUUUCUGGCACUUGCUUUGACAAUUUCAAACGUUCAUUCGGCGACUAAUUACUAUGGGUCAGCAAGAGUUGAGAGUUGCGGUGGUUGCAGUCUGAAGCGGCUUCCAGAUGUACAAAACUUUAUCUACAAAGACGUACCUAACUAUGAAAAUGUUGAAUUCAAACAUAUUCAAGGUGCAGUGCCAGAACUUGUGCUCUUCGAUCAUGAUAAUUCGGAAGUAGAAAGGUUACCAUUGUCAAGGUUGACACGCGAUGAAUGCAAUGAGUUAUUAAUUUCUAAAGGUUUUACCAAAAAACCAGUAAAGGAUGAGAUCUAAGGAACAAAAUGAAUAAUACUCUUAGUGUUAGAGUGAAUCUGGGUUAGAUCUGGCUUAGAUUAUGAACUUGAGAAAUUAUUUUACUGUGCUUAGCAAAGUAUUAAUAUUACUUUGAUAAAUAUAUCUUUAUUAUGUUUUUUACAUUUAUUUGUAAAUAGAAGUAAGUACUAUAUAAAUCAAAAUGGUGGUCUUCUGGGAAUUAUUCAUUGCCAUAUGUACAAUGCACAUAUUCUAAGUCCACUAAAUGAUUAAUAUUUGAAAUAUAAUUAAGGCACAAAAAGUAAAUAAUGUAGAAAUCUUUUGAUGCACAUCUUGUUAUCUUUCCUCAUUUUUAUUUAUAUGAGGGAGCAUUUAUAUUACCUCCCUAUGGAGCUGCAAUCUGUGAUGUAAUGACUAGAUCUAUGAUGUAAAUUUGAUCAUUGUGGAGUACUUGUGCUCUCGCAUUUACAAAUUUUAGUUGUUACAUUUUAUCAAGUGUAAACCAUUCACAUGCUCCAAAUGAAAAGAAAACUUACAUAAUUAGUCAUUGCAACAGAAUUUAGUGCAAUUGAAACGUAUAUUUAGAAUAUUUUUUACUUAUAUAUUUUGUUUAUGUACUGCACAAAUUAUACUUUUUUUAUUUUAAUAAAAAUUUAUUUUUAUACAUAAUUUUGACAGAAAAUAAACAAGGGAUCUUAAAAUAAUGGAAAUACUAAAAGCAAAUCAAAGCAAAGACAAAACCAAACUGUAGCAAUAAUAAUAUCUAACAUAUAAAAAAUUCGAAUAAAAUAAGUUACAACUU